GCGACCCCAGCGUAUCUUCCCCUUUUUUGUGUGAAUUACACUGAAAAACGCAUUAAAAAGGAGAAAUAGGGACAAUAGUCCAGGCGGCGGGUUGUCUUCGAAGGGCGGACGGACGGCGACGACGUGUCGCGCGGCGUCUGGCGCUGGACGAAGCGGCGGCGGAGGAGGGUGUUGUCCUGAUGCUUACAUGGAAGUGGGUGGGCCUUCACGGUGAUACACUGCCAACGCUGUGGAUAGCGACCUGACAAGCGCUAAUUUGUCCCGUCUAUGGACCGUUUACCCGGCCGAAGAGGCACACGACGCGGCUGCCGGCGCCCAACGUCCGUGUGGGGGAGCGGCUGGAGUGCUGUCCGUUAUUUCUGUUGAGGCUGAGCCUCCGCUUGGCGCCGCCCUUCCUGGACGGUGGGUGGUUUCGUGAAAACGGCCCGGAUCCCCGUCCUCCGCCUUCGUACCCGGCCGGCCUUCUUCCGUGAACUACACCCUCUCCCUCUCGGUAUAUUCAUGCGUUAUGAGUGACUCCAAGAAGGAAUCAUCUGGAACUGAAGGAGGGAAAGCAUCGAAAAAGGGGAAAAAUUCUGCAUCACAGGAUUCCUCGCAGCCCUCUCCCUUGGCUCUGCUCGCCGCCACCUGCAGUAAGAUCGGAGGGCAGGAGGGAGCGGAGGGCACUCAGGCUCAGGCAGGGCCCCAGCAGAUCCAGCUCCAGGCUGGUCAGAUCCAGCUGCAAGCGGGGCAGCUCCAGGGUCAGUUUGUUGUGGACACAUCCGGGGCCCAGGCCUUGGUGCCGCAGCAGCUGGAACUGGUCCCGGCUCAGUUCACGGGGAACGGGUGGCAGAUCAUCGCGGCGGCUCCGACUAUGGCCAAGGAGAACACCAACCAGCCUGUUGCUGUAACGGUUCCCACCGGCCUUCCUAAUGACGGCUCACCUGGACGCAAGGUGAAGGCCAUUGCGGGGACCAACAGCGUGUCUGCCAGCCAGCAACAGCAGUUUCAGAUAAUCCAGGUUCAGAACCUACCCAGUGCCGGAGGCGGGGUCCAAUAUCAAGUCAUCCCUCACCUGCAGACCGCUGAUGGACAGCAGAUCCAUAUCAACCCGACUCAGACGGCCUCUAUCGGGGCUUUACCUGAGCAUGUUCAGAUUAUCCAGAGUCCGAGUCAAGGCCAGGCUCAGGCCAUUCUCCAGCCGGCCAAUCAGCAGACUAUGCUGUCAAGUACAACCAGCCAGACGGUCCCCCUGCAGAUUCGCCCUGCUCAGUCUUUCCCUCUGCAGCUGCAGACCCUUCAGGGCUCUCAGACCCCGGUCAUGACCACGGUGCCCAUAAACCUCGGUGGCAUGACCCUGGCAUUGCCUGUGAUCAAUAAUGUCGGAGGCGGCGGCACCAUGCAGCUUAUCCAAUCAGCAGAUGGCACUUUCUCUGUUGCCAAUGGCAACCAAUUGGUGACAACAGCGGCACUUUCUGUUCCGGCAGCCGCCGGAUCCAUAACAACGCUGGCCGCAGGUGACGGCGCGUCAGACGGGACGCAAGUGGUCUCCGCCGGGAUGGAGGUAAUGACUGACAACCAAGCACAAAGUGCCGAGGCGGAUUCACAAAGUCAGAACCAGGCCAACGGAGUUCAGAGUCAGACGGACAUGCCAGGAACCAUUCAGCAGGUGAUCGUAGGGCAGGUGGGACAUCAGUUAGUGCAGCAGAUCCAGCUGCAGCAUCCACAGACUACAGGUCAAAGCCAAGCCCAGCAGCCGCAGCACAUCCAGACUCUACAGCUGGCACCGGGUCAAACACUGCAGCCCAUUCAGGCCUUUCAGAAUCCAGCCCAGGUCCUCAUCCGCACACCCACCUUGUCCCCGACUGGACAGAUCACCUGGCAGACGCUGCAGCUGCCCGGCGGUGUGUCCCUGCAGGGCAGCCUGGGAGCUGCAAUGCCACAGCAGCUCACAUUGGCCCCAAUGGCCGGUGGGACCGGUGGAGGACUGGUGUCCCUAAGCGGAGCCCCCCUGACGCUGAGCGCGGCUCAGAUCAACCCAGGGUCCGGUGUGCAGACGGUCAGCAUCGCCGGACUAGGCAGUGCGGGGGUUCAAGUGCAGGGCGUUCCCCUCACUAUCACAGGUCUACAGGGUCAACCACAGGGGCAGGAUGGCGCCAAAGUCCAGUCGUCCCCUUUAACGGUCACGAUGGGUAACGUGGCGUCCGGCUCCUCGAUGAGUCCGGACCAGUUAGGAUCUGUGCAGAGCUCCUCAGACCAGGAGGGGCCGCCCAGCAAGAGGCUCCGUCGAGUCGCCUGCUCCUGCCCAAACUGUCGAGAUGGAGAGGCAAGGAACAGUGGGGACCCCACGAAGAAGAAGCAACACAUCUGCCACAUGGAAGGCUGCGGGAAGGUGUACGGCAAGACGUCCCACCUGAGGGCUCACCUGCGCUGGCACACGGGCGAGAGGCCGUUUGUCUGCAACUGGAUCUUCUGUGGCAAGAGGUUCACGAGGAGCGACGAGCUGCAGAGACACCGGAGAACGCACACAGGAGAGAAGCGCUUCGAGUGUCCCGAGUGCUCCAAGCGCUUCAUGCGCAGCGACCACCUCUCCAAGCACAUCAAGACUCACCAGAACAAAAAGGGCGGCGCCGCCGUGGCCAUCAUCACCACCGACGACAUGGAGGAAGACCCCCCCGAGGGCCUGGGCUCUUCCCCUCAAAUCAUGGCGGUGGCCGCCCUCUCCCGGGACUCUGAGCCGGCCACGCCCACCGCCUCCAACCACCUGGAGGAGGAAGAGGAGGAGUUUGAAUAAGGCAAAAAAAGAGGUCACGACAGGGACUGCAUUUUAACUUUGAAAUGUUCACUUUUUGAAAUAACCGAUCCAUACAUUGUGCGGGGAUGAAAGACAAAACAUUGCGGUCCCACCCAUCUCUAUGCACAAAGUUCCUGUUUCCAGCCUGUCAGACAGGGCUGAGGGUCAAUCAAGGUACAGGACUGUUGCAGAGCAGAGGGCAGUCUUGGGAUCAGUGUGUGUGUGUGUGUGUGUGUGUGUCAUGAAGAGGAUUUACCUAAUGUGAGUUUAGGUCCUCAGAU